GCUUGCAGCUUCUCAUGGCCCGUGCACAGCGUCAAGCAACGUAUUCCGUAAGCUUUUGGCUGGGGGUAGCUGUCUCAGGAGCCAGAUCAUCAAUUCGGCAUGGAGUGAAAGUCCCAAUUGCGCCUUAACAACUGCUCCUCUCCAUCCUCGAUUCUCAUUGCCGGGAGCGCUCUGUCAAUGAGCAUCCUCCUCGAAGUUCCUACAUCAUGAGAGCCUUCGCCAUUGCCGCCGGCCUUCUGAGCCUGCUCUCCCCGGUCAUCGCAAGCUCCGAUUCGAGUGCGGCAGACAAGGUGUCGGAAGUCAACCUGCCCACCAACUUCAAGCCGCCCCAGGUCUUCAAGAACGUCAACCUUGUCCACAUCGUCUCUUUGGAGAAGAACUACGUCAAGGAGUCCAUCAAUGUCUUGAUUGAGAACAUUGACAAGCAACCCCAAGAUGAAUACUAUCUACCCUUUACCCCCAAUCAGAUGUCGCGUAUCGGAGGCUUCGAAACCAAGGACAGAAAGAACCCCGAAACUGGUCUGUUUGCCGUCGACGCCGUCGAGAUCGACCCCCUGAGUGAGACUCAGUACUUCAAGAUCCGGCUCCCUACGCCCUUGAAGGCAGGCGGCCAGCAGACACUGAGCAUCUCCUACUACUUCCUCCGGGCCUACAAUCCUCUCCCUGCGUCGAUCGCCCAAGAUGAGCAACAGUACCUCGCCUACGACUUCUCCGUGUACGCGCCAUCGGCCUACGUCACCUCGAAGCAGAAGACCGAGGUCAAGUCCCACUCGUCCAACAUUCCCGACUACACAAGGUUCCCCGGAAGCGGAGACAUCAAGGAGUUCCCUCAGAAACAGGGAGCUAAGCUCGUCUACGGUCCCUUUGACGAAAAGCCUGCUGGCGCAGUUGCUGCUGCUCAGGUGCGGUUCGAGUUCACCAAGCCCGUCACUCAUGUCGCCAGGCUCGACCGCGACAUCGAAGUCAGCCACUGGGGUGGAAAUGUGGCUUUCGAGGAGCGAUACGAGCUCUACCACCGCGGCGCGAACCUGUCCAAGCUUUUCAACCGAGUCAAGUGGGCGCAGGCGCAGUACUACAACCCCAACACGUACGCCCUUAAGGAAUUGAAGUUCCCGUUGAAGGUCGGAAGCGCCGAUCCCUACUUUGUCGAUGUCAUCGGCAACGUCUCUACAUCGAAGUUCCGCAGCAACAAACGUGAGGCUCUUUUGGAGAUCAAGCCGCGCUACCCUAUCUUCGGUGGCUGGAAGUACCCCUUCACCAUUGGCUGGAACUCGGACGCCAAGAACUUCGUGCGUACUGUCGAGGCUGGCAAGUACGUUGUCAACGUCCCCUUCUUGGAGGGUCCCAAGCAGCCCGAGGGCGUCGAGUACGGCCAGGUCAACCUGCAGAUCCUUCUGCCAGAGGGAGCAACAAAUGUCAAGUUCUACACCAGCCUUCCCCAGUCCGCCAUCACGGACACAGCCAUCGGUGUCCACAAGACGUACCUCGACACUGUCGGUCGCACAUCUGUCACCAUCAAGGCGAACAACUUAGUAGACGAGUUCCGUGACCGGGAAGUGAUUGUUUCGUACGAGUACUCGGUGGUCUCGGCCCUGCGGAAGCCUAUUGUCAUCUUUAGCAGCACGGUUGUUCUAUUUGUCGCCGCUUGGCUCGUUGGAGGUCUGAACCCCAAGAUCUCAAGCAAGAACUAGAGUAGGUAGCGUCUUUAGACAAUGGGAUGGUGGCUUUCCUAGGUAGCAUUGUACAUGUAUCAUCAGACGGGCAUCUAAAAGCAGAAAGCGGAACCGAUGGCUUUAGAGAAUUAUGAUUGGACUGAAAGAUUGAUCCCGAUUUACAGUGGGAUUGUCAGUGAUUCCUUACGAUAUACUGCAUGUCAAAUUGUGCUGAUCAUAGAUAUUGACUGGC